AUGGCGCUCGGCUUGGCGGUGUAUCUCGAGCGCAAGACGCUGCUUUGGAGCAGCGCCUGGGCUCUGACUGCCUCAGCGCUGGUCAUCGCGAAGGGCUGGAUCGCUGUGCCUGAGCCAGUAAACUCCCUGGAAACGCCAAUUCGUGUAGUUGGGGCACUGGUGGUCACCACCGUGAUUCUGCUGUUGACCCGCAUCUGGACUGGUGUCAAGUACCAGGAUGCCUGCAGCAAGGCAGGCGAGAGAAGUCCCGUCCCUGUCCUGCCUUCCUCGGUUCCCUUCCUCGGCCAUGCACUGCAUCUCAUCUGGGACGUAGACUCGUUCCUGAAGAAAGCCAGGGAUGAUGUCACGCAGAAUGUAUUCGGAUUGAGCCUUCUUGGCACGAGGCAUGCCGUUCUGGGAUCACCCACGGUGGUCGAAUCGGUCGUAGCGAAAGAACGAGAAGGAUUGGAUGAUCAAGCCUUUGUUUCUACUCUUCGCAAAAACAUCUUUGGCGUCCCCACGACGGUUCCCGCGGACUUGUAUGAGAAGGUCUUUACAGAAUCGAACAUGGAAUCGCUUUCUGCAAAGGCCGUGGGUCUGCUGAAAGAAAUCGUCCCGGACCUCAUCACUUUCAACGAAAGCUAUGUCGACCAACAGGCAUGGGAACGGGCAAGCCUGACGACUGUGGUUGAGGCACCUGAGUCUGAAAGGGACCUCUCGGACUCGAACCUAGACAUGCUACUCCAGGAAUUUUCCGGCCAUAUCAUCAACAGUUCUUUUGCAGGCAUAGCUUUCAUGGACGACUAUCCCACGUUCAACGAGACUCUGCAAAGUUUCGAUUCCAAAGCUUACAUUCUGGGUACUGGUCAUCCCCGUUGGGUUCCCGUUCCCGGCCUUCCGGCUGGCUACAUCGCACGCAGGGCAUUGCUCGCAAACAUGAGCAACUUGCAAAAGUCCUACGACAGAGAGCUUGGAGGCGAAGACAUCAUCUCAAAGGAAGAAAACGUGGGGGAUUUCUCAGCCGCUUUCACCGCGUCUCGACGCCUCUUCGCCGAACAAAACGUGCCCUCCGAAGUCCACCCCAACGCUCACCUCUACCUGUUCUGGGCCCUGAACUCGGCAACUCGCGACCUGGUCUUCUGGAUGACGAUCCACAUCCUCGCGGAACCCGGACUGGCGGAGCGCAUCCGCGACGAAGUCCGUCCGGUUGCUCGCGCCACGCGGCCGAAGAAUGGCUUUGGGCUGAUGGAGCCACCACGCAUCGACGUCGAUCUGGACGGACUGCGGACAAAAUGCCCGCUGCUGCUGAGCUGCUACAUGGAGACGGUUCGGCUGUACAACACAGCUUGGUCCAUUGGCAAAGCCAAGCAGGACGUCGUGCUCAGCGACAAGUCGGCCGCCGGGGUUGCUGCGGAGUACGCAGUCAGGAAGGGCGAACACGUGGAUGUGUCCAACGGGCUGCUCAACACGGACAGCCAGUACCGGAAUGCGGAGAAGUUCAUUGCAGACAGAUUUGUGGUGCACGACGAGAAAGGAAAGGCGAUCAGAGCAGACUGGGGGAGGGUCAAACACGACAACGGCAUGUGGCGCAUGGCGGGGUUGGGUGUGUUUGCACAGAGCCUUUGCCUGGCAACCGUGUCCACGGUGCUGGGCGUGUGGACGAUGGAGCCGGUGGACAAGGCGGGCUGGAAAAUACCGCGACGAGCCAACGGGCCGCUCACGGCGCGACCCAAGGGCAACGUGAGGGUCAGGAUCGGGCGGGCGCCGCUGGCGAGCGAGUAG